UUCAACGUUGCACCAAGAUUUAAAUUUUUCGCACGCGCGCAAAAGAAGAACAGGCGCGCAAAAGAAGAACACGCGCACCUCGUUUGUUGAGGAUCUCUAGAUUUGAACCUUGAAGCAGUCGUCGAAAGAUCCCUUUUGGGAUUUCUGUUCACGAAAAAAAACCUUCGAUAGCAUUGGAACAAAAAUAUUGGGGCAGUUUUCUCGUUCUCGUUAGCAAACCACGCUUUGUUCUCACAAUCUUGUCUCAUCUUCGAAUACARCACAAUACAACAAAAUGAAAUCCGCCAUCUUCGCCUCCCUCAUCGCUUCGGCCGCCGCCUUUGCCCCUGCCAACAAGGCCGCCCCUUCCACCGCCAUCAAGGCCUUCGAAGACGCCCUUGGAUCCCAGCCUCCUCUUGGAUUCUUCGAUCCUUUGGGACUUGUUGAGGACGGUGACCAAGCAAAGUUCGACCGUCUCCGAUACGUCGAGAUCAAGCACGGACGCAUUUGUAUGCUUGCCUUCCUYGGACAGAUCACCACCCGYUACGGAGUCCACCUUCCWGGAGACAUCGACAUGUCCGGUGACUCCUUCGACUCCUUCCCCAACGGAUGGGCCGCCAUUGCCGGACCCGAYGCCAUCCCUGGYGCUGGACUUGCCCAGAUCGUUGCCUUCGUUGCCGCCCUUGAAGUUGGUGUCAUGAAGGACAUCGAGGGAACCGGAAACGAGUUUGUCGGUGACUUCCGAAACGGAUCCCUUGACUUUGGAUGGGAUACCUUCGACGAAGAGACCAAGCUUUCCAAGCGUGCCAUUGAGCUCAACAACGGACGUGCCGCCAUGAUGGGAGUUCUUGGACUCAUGGUCCACGAGCAGCUCGGAGGAUCCGUCCCAGUUGUCGGAGAACUUUAAGCAGGAGUCCGUUUUAUUUCCUUGUUCUCUUAUUUCAAGCCUCUGUAGGACACCGCUACUGCUAGUCUGCGGCCAACCCAUUCUCUUUGGACCGUUGUAAAGCUUCURUGAUUUCUUUCCGGUCGAGUAUCACUGACUCAAUUGUACGAUAUACUGUAUUAGAUUCGUAGUUAUUCCCGAAAUAAAUCUCCUUUAUUUGUAUGUUGCGACUCURCAACCACAAAACAAACUUUUGCAAYAUAGCUUARAAGAAUACGAGAACAAUGGUGCUCCCCUUGCGGCAUGAAUGGAAACUGAUCUAGCCCACCCGCGAUCGGUAUCGAUUGCGCACCGAAAUACUGWUACSGUCACGGACCGACAAGAACACAAGWAGAUAGACUCGUAGUAAGCUGGGUUUGAGACCUUGAGUUCUCGUGUGGUUCAGAAGUUUGAGUCGCUUYAUAGUUUCAGUUUCGAUGCGAAAAAAUCUGAGAACUCAUCGAUGGAGUCAACGUAAGUGCACACACCAUAUAUGUAGCGAGGAGAGGUUUCAAUCGAUGGAACAUCUUCGUAGCUUCCUUGUGACCUAACCGGCGCUGCUCGUAAAAGAAUAGACAUGGAUUGAACAUUCUCAUCUAGAAGGGCAAAUAGAAGCGACCUACGAUGUGGCAGCUAGUUUUUGCGGAAACAAUGUCAAAUUGACAUCGAUGCACUUUUGGAAGUAUAGUUGCAUGCGGUACGUUUUCUAAUAGUAUUUCGUUAUUGGUUAUGUAGGAAGACAACAUGAAGAGGGGUGCAUGUACGUGCUUACAACAGAUGCUGCACAUCGCCACGAGUGGGGUACAGCCAUCAACAGCCUCCAUAUCGGUCGACCGAUAUGGCACCUCGCCUUUAGCACAACUAUUUGGACUAGGUGGRUGGUCUUGCAUAUGGGUUGAUUCACUGGUUCGGAAAGAUGAACCAAGAUCAAACCGACGGGUCGAGAAGACUCCUAAUCGCGGACCAGAAUCUCGUUUCCAGCGGCCGCCUCUUCUCUCGCUCUUUUGCGACGCCUUCGUCGCCUGCGGCGUAUUCUAUUUCUCUUUCGUCUUGCUCUUGCCUGUUGGCGUGUGGUGGUGGGGGAUUCGCUCGGCAAAUCCGUUGGAGCAUAAGACGGAGCAGCAGAAGGCAUUUCCGCUAUAGCGGCAUUGUCAGAGUCAGAUGUUUCGGAAGUGGUUUCAUCGCUGUUUCCUGCCGUAAUUCCGCUGGUUGUUUCACUUGAGGAGCCUGUGCUGCCAGACGAGGUUGGGCUUACGGUUGGGCUUGGGGUUUCUUCGGGGGGUUCGGUUUCAGGGACCGGAGCCCGGGUAGUCGGGGGAUUGGUAACGACUGGAGCUCGCGUUGGGUAGUUUGUGGCAUCGGGUGCCAACGUGGGAGGGAGCGGGACCGGAUACGUAGUGGGUCUCCCAACAAAAGCGUUGAUUUGGUUCAAAAGGGUUUCUAGGCUCA